AUUUAAUUGGUAUAAUUACCUUCAACUUGCUGUAAGAUAACAUUAACCAAUAUACAUUCGGUGUUGCAAGUAAAUUGCUAUCGAUUAUCUAUUUCCUUGGUGAAACAUUUCUAAGAUAUUAAAUAUUAAAACGCCAUACACUUCGUAACACAUGGUGAAUGACUAGAAAGUAACCGCAAAGUUAUUCGUUUUCUUAAGAGCGAAUGUCGAUUUAGAUUCGUUUGAUUAUCGGUCGUUCAAUUUCGAGUUUCAAUUAUCGUGAUGCGCUCCAUCACCCUAGAGACGAAACAAUUUAUCUUAUUGUGUAGGCCAGAAGGGAUCUUUUUUCCUUUCAAUGGGAUGACCUAGAGGAAAAAUACAAUCCGCGGAUUAGAGGAUUUGAUCGCCGCCGGAAGCAGGAGUGCACGCUAAUCCGUCAUUGACCGAGUCGAUAAAAUUUUAGACGUCGAUUUGCCCCCCUUAAGCGAGCCGUAAUGUCUUGCCCUAAUACCCCGCUUGGGAAAUCUCCCAAAAAAAGGUCUCUUUCGCUUUUUGGUUUGGCCGUCGGCAGGAGGCAGUCUUCCAAAUGGCCCUUCUGGAAGAACUUAUAUCUAUGUGAAUGAGUGCACCCUCCCGGAGCUAAGUGCUUUUCUAUGUCAUUACUAUAAGUAAUAUUACUUCUUCAUACAAAAUUCGUAGUAUAGAAAAUUUUUAGAGAAAGGCGAAAUUUGAGAUAAUCUUUUAAUGCUAUUUAACGAGUUUAAAUUUAUGUACGGAUAAUAUUCUUUAUAAAACAUUUGAAGGAAAUAAAGUUUUCUCUUCGCAAUUCACUAACAAAUUCUUACAGAAAAUACCAACAGGUGUUGGGCGCCAAAUAGAAGCCAACGACCGACGACACGAGUACCAUUUAUUUUUUCUUUUCGUUCUCUGUGUACGCUUUCGCCAAUCUUGAAAAUGAACUGGAGGUAAAUAAACGAAAAUCCCAGUGGGAGAACCGUGAAAAUGACGUUGAAAGUAAUGGAAUUUACAGUAUCCAGUUGCUAAAAUAUCGGCUUCAAAAAGGAUGUUAAAAAAAAUCGAGUCGCUCGAGUGCGAUAAGUUCGAGUUUAAGUCGGUCCCCUUGUCGAAAGCUUGGAGCUUUAAAUAUGUCCCGCGCUAAGUGCAAUAUUCCCGACAGGAGAACCCAAGCUUAGAACUCGGCCGAAGUUUGGUAAACGAGAAUUGUGACCCCGGAGUGAUUUUUCAACAUCAUUUCUCGACAAGGCCAGAUAAGAGGUAAAACGUGUUAGGUGAACAGUAAAAAGUAAAAACUAUGUUGUUUUAAAUGAACGUUUUUAAAAACAAAUUAAAAUUUUAAACUCAAUAAAAGGGUCCCAUAAAUUUUAAUACUCAGGUGGAAGUGUGUAACAUAAAGAUAUAAGACAGGGAAUUGUCGGCCUUCUAUAAAUCGUAAUGUAAAAAUUUCGUCCACACCCUCGACUUCCUUCUGUCUUCUGGCCCUAUAUAUAAAUUUAUGCGUUCGGCGUGCAGGAUAAAAAUGUGAAGUGGUUGACUUGUAAUAAAAUCUGCCCUGACAGAUGCUUCCCGAGUUAUAUUGCGCCUCUUGACAUACCCAUAAUAAAACGUCCUCGCGACUCCUGGCUCUGCUCCAUAACAAUAUAUUUUACCCGCGGAAUGCCCUUUAUUUCCGGUGAAUUAUUCUAUUUUUCUUCGUACCUCGCUUGGAGGUUGAUCGUAUGCGCAAGAAAGCUCCUAACGGGAUUUUUCGAGAACGUAUUCCUGUAUCUGAAUUGUACACUGUCCGGGGAAUAUUCCACAUCGCAAUAUCUUCUCGGAAUUUCAAAUUAUCAACGUAUACAAUGUGACCUUUAACUUGAAUCGCAUUCAUUGACCUUGUUUAUUACUGGUUUUGAUGCGAAAAUGAUCACAUUAACUCUUGUCUUUGGGAUUAUAAUUUUUGUGAUAUUCACCUAUAAAAAUUAUAUUAAACAAUAUGAAGGUAUCAACAAACUUCCCGGCCCCUCUACUUUUCAAUUAAUUAAAGAAUUAUAUUUUAAUGCGUCAUCAAAAGGGAUAAUCGCCUAUUUGCAGUCGUUAACAACGAUUUAUGGCCCAAUUGUAAAAGUUUGGAUGAAACCAUUCCCACCUUUGAUUAUUACUAAUGAUAUGGAGUACUGCAACAAACUUUUUAAAGCAAACGAUCACUUUGUAACACCUAGUUUUGGGGAAGUAACUUUUAUAGAAACGAGUAUUACUUUGAACGGGAAUUAUGAGGAGAGGAUGAAAGAUAAGCAGAUAAUAACAAAAACAUUAAACAUGAAGUAUAUAGGAGAAAAAUUAAGUAUUUAUGACGAAAGAUAUAACAAGUUAUUGGAUAUUAUAAGAAAUAAUCUAGAAAAGCCUAUUUAUAUAGAAAAGGAAUUUCAUAAAAUAUUUAUCGACGUAUUAGUAGAAACUUUUAAUCAUCCCAAUGUUGAAAUAAAUAAAGAAGAUAUUCAAAAAUAUAAUAAAAAUAAAGAAGAUUAUUUCGAUUUGUUAAUGAAGAAGAUGAAUUCGAUUAAAUAUGUGGGCUUUCUACAUAAAUUUAGUGAUAAUUAUAAAUCGAUGAGGAAGUGUCACAAUGAAAUAAUGGAAUUUGUGUGGAAUUGGUUAGAAAAGUUUAAAGGGAUUGACGAAAGUUUGAGGGACAAAUCUAAUUUAAUUUGUGCCAUGAUUGAAAAUGGAAUGCCUGAAAGAAGAAUCGUUGAUAAUUUAAAUACAUUAAUAGAAGGGGGACAUGAAACAACUAUUCGACCAUUAUCAAUGGCAUUAAGAAAUCUUGGUGAAAACUUGGAGAUUCAACAAACUCUUUUUAAUGAAGUUACAAACAUUAUUGGCACCGAUAUUAAAGAAGUAACCAUGGACGACAUAAAUAAAAUGACGUAUUUGCAUGCUUUUAUAAAAGAAUCGAUUCGAUUGUACAUGUCAGUACCAUUUUUAGAUAGAAUAACUAAUUAUGACAUGGAAAUAGGUGGUACAAAAAUUCCAAAAAAUACCCAAGUUUUCUUUGACAUCCCAGGUAUAUUAACAUCAGAAAAAAAUUACGAAGAUCCUUUAAGUUUCAAACCGACGAGGUUCUUAAAAGAAAACGCUACCUCAAAAUCUCAAAAAGCGUUUUUAGGAUUUGGAUACGGAGUUAAAGGAUGCCCAGGAAAAUUUAUUGCUUAUACUGCAAUGAAGUUAUUUAUAAUAAAGAUUAUAAGGGAAUUCGAGAUUGUACACGUUGAUCAUAAAAUUGAAUUUAUGGCCGAUUUAUUUUUUAGAAGUACAAAUGGUAUACCUGUAGUAUUUAGAAAACGAUUACAAUAAAGUCUAAACCACAAUCAACAUAGUUCCAUCAAUA